CUAGACUGUCCAAGGCCUACAACCACAAUAAAAAUAAAAUAUAGGGCCUAAGCAACAUCAGAGUACGAAAAUAAUAGAAGAAAUACACAAAAAAAAAAAUUCUGUAUAAAUAUAAACGAUGGCCAGACAACUAACAACAUCAGUUUCAGAUGGUCUUCUGACAUGGUCUGUACUUUACUUCAUCUACCAUGUGUUUUGGGUAAAUUUUUUCGCUUGCCUUGGGCUCAGCGUGCAAGGUGCAGCUGCAGCCCUGGGAGUUGUCAGAUUUGCUCAGUCACGGAUGGAGGGACAGAUUUAUGAUUACCACAAGAUGAUGUCUUGGCUUGCACAGAUUGUUGGACUUCCACUGCUUGCUGUUGGUUUUUGCCACAAAGAUCUUCCCAUAAUGAUGAACUUAAAUCUCAUGAUAAUGAUUGGUGUCCUGAUCGGGUGCAGAUUUUUGGCCCCUGGCAUGAGGGAGUUGGCCACACAGAGCUGCUCUGGGUUUGCUAUCCUCACCAUCAUCUUGGUGUCUUUGAGGGCUUGGAACAUUUAUGGUCUUCUGGCAACAGCUGCUUACGUUGUUUCUGGCAAAGUGGUUGGCUCUGAAGGAAAGAUGGGAAUGUUUUACAGAGUUGACAUCCUUCAUGUCGGUCUGACACUUGGUAACAUCUUAUUCACAUGGGCUAUGGUGUAACUUCUUAGGCCACAUUAUUACUUCUACUCCAAUUUAGGUAUUACAAAUUAGAUCUUUUAAGAUGACCUCUGGUGCUCUUUUUUUUUUAAGCAUUUUUGUAUUAAAGUUUUCUCUCUUGAACAAGAUAGAAGAAACUAUUAAUGCUGUACAUCAUCACUUUGAUACACAUAUUUUUUUUUAGUUUUUAAGUUAAGAAAGUUUACAGAUAAUUGAACAGUUUUUGUUUUGAUACCUAUUGUUUAUACAUUUAUUUAUAUCACAUAUAAUUAGUCAACCCUUGUUUUAACAUGAAUAAUUGUAAUAUAACAAACAACUAAAUGCCAGACUGGUAGUGUGAAGUGUUGGUGAUGCACUGAGUCUGUAAGCUACUAAAGAAGGUUAAUACAAUUCCAUUGGUAAUUGUCUCCUUAGUUAAGUUAGCAUUGUCUAAACAGACGUACCAGUACAAACCUAAGUUGUAUAGCAUCCACACUGUAGGAAAUAUAAUGUAUGUAUAUCAAUUUUUUGAUACUUUUAUAUACUAGCCCACAUGAAUAAAGUUCUGUGGACAUUACAUAGCAUACUAAUCACAUUACUUAGGGGUUGAGAAACGGUGCAUACAGUUUAUGUUUUAUUUACUGAGUUGUGUGACAAUCACUAAAGCUUGGAACUAUAGCAAAUUUAUCUUUUGUUAAAUCUUUUAAGUACCAUGCACUAAACGUCUAGAUGUUAACACAGAUUACCAUGUCUGAUUUAAACAUCAAUCAAAUUAAUCUUUUUGUUUAAAUAGCUGUUUUGUUUCUAUUAAAGAUUAGAGUGAAAUUUUGCAAAAUAACAUCAUAAAAUCUGUGUCUUAAAAUUUACUUUUUAUUUAUUUAUGAUUGUUAAAUUGGAACAAACCUCAGUGUAUUUGAACUUAAAAUAAUUGUAUUGCUUUAAAUAUGAAUCUGUUAAUGCAGUGUGUAAUAUAAAUUUGAUCAAAAUGUAUUCUAUUUACACACAAAUUAAAGCCAAAAUUUGUACACAGUUUGCUUUUAAAUGACUUUGUGUCAGCUUGUGCUUUUUUAGCGGCUAGUUUUCAUCUCUCUAAGAAUAAAACAUUUUAAAAUCUGUUUUUCAAGAUCAAAAUUAUAUGCAAAAUUUAAACAAUAAGCAAAAAGUUGUUACAUUUUUAAACAAAUUUUUCAAUACAUUUAUAAAUGUGCUUUAAAUUUGUAGAAUUUAUGCUUUUGUACAAUAUUAAAAACUGAAAACAUUUGUCAAAAAAGCUUGAAAACCUUGUGAAAAUAAUUCUUCAUCUGCAUAUAAACUGAUCAUGCAUUUACCAGAGAGGCAAUACACAAUUGCUUUUUUGUGCUGCUUAAAGAAAUAAGAAAAUAUGUAUAUCUAUCAGCACCCGUUUUAAAGAAGCAAUGCAUUAAUAAACAUAUAUUGUGCAAUAAUUUUAUUUUUAGAGUUUUUCUUUUUUACUUUUUUGCAUAAGCCUUAGAAUACAUAAAAAACAUAAUAAAAUGCUUACAUCAAGUUGUAUUAAGUGAUAUAACUUGAAAAUAGGACUUCCUUCUGGGUGUAAUUUGAAACAUUGUAUGUUUUUUUUUUUUUGUUGCAACAAAUUUUGUGUUAAUAAAUUUAUUGCAUUGCAUUUUUAUUUGGUUUCAAUUCGAAAAAUCAAAACAUCAUUUUCUGUGUAAUUAAAAUUUUCCUGCAGUUUUAAAAUAUUUUACAAGCUGGCUAUUUGAUACCAACAUGUUAAAUUUUUAUUUAGCAUUUAGAUUUAUAAAUUUUACUGAAUUAAGAAUUCUAUUUUAUUUGGUGGUAUUUUCACCAACUGUAUUCACCUUAUGAUGUAUUUACAUUUAAUUUGUAUUGGCAAGUUGUUUUGGAAUGUCCAAUUCGCUGGUGCAAUGAAGGUUUUUAAAGCCUUAUUUGCUAUGUGCAGCAAGCAUAAUGAGCUUGUCAACUGGUAUAUAGUUUAGCAAUCAUAAAAUUCCAACAGCCUUCUGCUGAAUAAAAUUGCCAAAGAAACAUAGCA